CUUUUUUUUUCUUGUUUUUUUUUUUCUCUACUUAAGCUCCACUAAUCUCACUCACUAUGUCAGACCACAGAAUUUCCCGACGCGUCUUGGACAUUGCUACUGUCAUACAUAUACCUCUAUCCUUGGAUACUUGUUGAACACUUGAAGCCAGUAAAAGCCAAUACAUUGUGAGAUCCACAAAACAAAAACUUUUGAUUUGUCCCAUUCGUGACAAUAAAUUCUUCUUUCAGAUACAGCCCCUCUAGCGUACGCCGCUGACGUUUACUACAUCUUGUAUAACUACCGAAUGGAGAAACAAACAGACCGGAGAAAAGAUACCAAAAACAGAAUGCUUAAAGACAAGACACUUUCGCUCAAGUUGAACAAAUCAUUCCAAGUCCCUGACGGACCCUUCACGCCCGUGGAGCAGACACUUCAAACACCGGUCGCCGCUCCAAACCAAAACUCUUAUUUUGCCUUUCCCAGUCUGGAUCUGCACCAUGGACUGUCGUUUUUCUCUCAAGCACAAGACAAUGAGAGUGACGAUGUAAUGACCGAUAUUGACGAGGCCCCGUUGCUGCUGUUGCCCAAGGUGCUUCGCAAUUACUCUGUCUCGUUCAACGCUUCGUUCGACCAAAUCCUUAUGACUGUGUACUCUCAUAUUUUGCUGCUACCAACCACAACGCCAUUUCUGGGUCUCAUUCCACCCCUGGGGCUCGCCUCUCGUGUUGCCAACGAGACUUUGCAAAGGAUGAUCUUGGAGUCCGACCCUAUGAGUGGCAAACAUCCCACAGUCUUCGACGCACAGGGGACCUUGAACAACGAACAGUUAAGAAACAAUGCAACCGCCCCCAUAGUUUUGCAGCUUAUCCGGAAAAGGUUGUUGGACCUAUGCUCUGCGCAAAAGGCCCCGAAGUCUAAAAGCGGCUCGGCUCCUGUUUCUGCCGUGACGUCAAUUCAAAUCGCAGUUCCUGCCACGAGCGGCAGCCAAAACAUUCAAAACAACUCUAUCUACAGCGGGCUGGGAUUGAGACAACUGUCGAUUUCUACCUUGCUGUUGAAUGAGCAAAACACCGCAAAUUACCAGCAAAUGCAGACAGGGCAAGCUUCGCAGUCGGCAGUUCUUGCCAAUUCUAGACUGCGCUCCUCUUCGCUUGACUUGCGUAAACAUUCCUUGACGAGAAACAAUUCCCACACUGGCUCAAACUGGCUUCAUGUAGGGAACAUGGCCAAUGUUCGUUCAGGUGGAGGUUUGGGGAUGAACCCAGAACUUGCUUCAUCUUCUGAUUCAUUACAACUGAUGAAUGACUUUGUUCCUCACGCAUUGCUAACGAGGACUGGCAGCUCUCUGUCCAACAUCGCUUACAAUCAAGGCCUGGGGGCUGCUUCAGGCUUUAACCCAAUUAUGAUGGAUUACCAAACCCCUCCCACCUCCUCCAAGAGCUCAAUAUCUCAAGGAAGCUCUUCUCCGUUGGUCAACCAAAGGGAAAACGCGUGCUUGUAUAUUCCGGGGUCGGCGGGAUCCUUUUCUGAUAUUGAAUCAAGUGCUGCAUACUCAAGAACGCAAUCCUUAAACCGGGACACAAAUCUUUGUUCUUUUCCGACACCUCUUAGAAUCAAUACAGAUGUAGCUCAACAGAGCUUUGGUGCUCCACAAAAUCCAGGAUUCGGUGGGAAUACCAAUGGCGAGGUCCUCCACUCCCCUUUCGUGUCAGCAAUUCCGGUGGCUGAAGAUUUUGAUUACUUCGGUCAAAGCAACUCUUCAACGAGCACUGUUCCUGAGAACGUCCUGCCCAAAGUAGGAAGCCUUCGUUCUGGCUCCCUCGGCUCAGACACUCUGGUUAAAGAAGCGAGUGAAAACAAAUUCAAUAUCCAGCUGGAGUAUAGCUUGAGUGAAAAGAAAAGAGACUCCCUCAAAAUGAAAAGAGGCAUUCUUUGAUGAAAAUUGUUAUAUAUAGUCAUCAAAAAAAAAUCGUAUCCUUUGGGUCUUUGAACAUGUAAUUUCUUGUUUUUUCUCAAUACAAGUCGCAUGCCCCUGUAAUACAUCGAGCAUGGUCCUACCUAGCUCAUUCUGUUUUUUCCCGGAUGUGAAAGAUCUCUAUAAAUGUUGAUAUUGCUUACAGGUUCGAUAUGACAAGGGGUUGGAAUAUCAUGCAUCAUAUAAGCUCUGAAAUCGAGGCAGUCUAGCAUUGGGGCCUUUACAAUAGCUGUUUGUUCAUGGAGCAUCUGAAAACCAUGUGGUUGAUUUGGUCGAAGUUGUGCUUUCCCGAAGUUCGUAUGCAAUCUGCACCGCUGAUUUUUAAAACAUGUUCGAUUGAAAGAACUUGUAUAGCCCAGUUGGAUAUAUAAUGAGUAAGCUAUAGACGAAGACAAUGGACG